AUGAAUAUCGAUAUAGAUGAUAUGGAAGGACAUUCCAACAAUCAAAGUAAUAAAGACCAAGAAGUUACAAUUGAUGGUGCAGCAAAAAUAAAGCAAAUUCAUUCCAACAUUCCUGAUGAAGAGAUACCAAAGGUUAGUAUGGAAUUUGAAACUGAAGAACAAGCUUACAAUUUUUAUAAUGUUUAUGCUUAUAAAGUUGGAUUUAGCAUACGAAGAAGCAAAGGGCAUAAGGAUAAUAAAGAUGGAAAAGUAAAAGAUAGAACUUUUUGUUGCUCAUGUGAAGGCUUUCGCAAAAAAGAUAAACGAUAUGAUAAUGUGAAAUGUCAUCGUGCUGAAACAAGGUUUGGAAUUGCUCCUAAAGCUAGUAUGGAACUAAUGAUUAGGCGAGCUGGUGGACAUGAAAAUCUUGGAUUUAUUUUGGAUGAUUGUCAGAAUUAUAUACGCACCAAAAGAACUAUUCAAAUGCGUACAGGAGAUACAGGUGGUGUUCUUGAAUAUCUUCAACAGAUGAAGUCAAAAGAUCCAAAAAAAAUUUAUGCUUUGCAAGUGGACAAAGAUGAUUUGUUAACGAAUAUUUUUUGGGCAGAUGCACACAUGAUGGCAUCAUAUCAUAACUUUGGUGAUGUUGUUUGCUUUGAUACAACCUACCGAAAAAAUCAUGAUUGCCGACCUUUUGCUAUGUUCGUUGGGGCAGCAAUGUCAGGGAAAAAACCAAAAACUAUUCUUACUGAUCAAGAUGCAGCAAUGGCAAAGGCAUUAAGAUCCCAAUGGCCAGAGACUUAUCAUCGCUUAUGCAUUUGGCAUAUGUAUCAAAAUGCAGCAAAACACCUGAGUAGUGUUUUUGAAAGAUUUCGUGAAUUUGCUAUGGAUUUUGGAAAUUGCAUAUAUGAAUAUGAUGAAGAGUGUGAAUUCAUUGAGGCUUGGGGGAACAUGCUUGGGAAAUAUAAUCUUGAAAAUAAUGAUUGGUUGGCAAAACAAUUCGAGUUGAAGGAGAAGUGGGCACUUAUAUAUGGAAGAGAGACUUUUUGUGCAAAUAUGACUACUACUCAACGAAGUGAAAGCAUGAAUAAUGUACUUAAAAAGUAUGUUAGCUAUCAACACACUUUGUUGCGUUUUUUCAAACAUUUUGAGAGGUUAAUUGAUGAUCGUCGUUAUGAAGAGUUAAAAGCAGACUUUAGAGUAAGUCAACGCAAUUUAGCACCAUCUCUCCCAAUUGAAAUUUUGAAUCAUGCAGCAUAUGUGUAUACCCCUGCAGUGUUGAGAAUGUUUGAGGUUGAGUUUUCAAAGGCUUAUAACUGUGCUAUGGAAUUUUGUACUGAGCUAGGAGCAGUGGCAGAGUAUAAGCUUACUCCUAAUGGUAAGUAUUUUCACCACACAGUUAAAUAUGACUCUUCAGUUGAUGGAGCGAUAUGUAGUUGCAAGAAGUUUGAGUUUGCAGGAAUAUUGUGCUCACAUAUUCUUAAAGUAUUUUCCUUUCAUAAUGUUUUGAAAAUACCUUCUCAAUACAUUUUAAAGAGGUGGACAAAGCAUGCGAAGAUGGGAGCUACAAGUAGUACAUCUGAGAUUAAACAGGGAGAUGAUCCUAAAGCAUGUUUGGCAAUGCGUUAUCAAGAUUUGUCCAGAUCUUACACUCAUAUUGUAACAAGAGCAUCAGAAAAGCAUAUAAAGUUGCUAGAAAUGGCUUUAAAAGACUUUGGGAUGAUGUUGAUGCAUGUAUCACCAAACUUUAACAACAACGAUCAAGUCAAUAACUAUAUGCCACCUUUUCAACCAGAUUUGCCAUUCUCCACAACUUCAUUUAAUCUUAACCAUAUUGGUAUGACACCUAAAAAUUCAAGUAUAGGAACAAGCAUGACUGAAUUGCUCUUACAGGCUGAGUCUACAUCUUUUGGAUUUGAAGAUACUUAUUAA